UCACUAAUAAUAGUUUUAUUUUUUCUCUUCUUUCUUUCUUCUCCAUCUGUUUUUGCUUUAAGUGCGAAUCAGAGAGGAUUUGAACGAGAAUUUUGUUGGGUUUAUUCACACUAAGUGCUUAAAAAAUCAAAUAAGAUGAACAGCAGCAGCAACUUGGAGACACGAUCUUUGUUGGAUGAGCUUAGUUGCUUUAAUAAAGGAGGGCUCUUCGAACUUGGCCACCCUCUUCUCAACCGCAUAGCUGAGAGCUUUGUCAAAGCUGCUGGGAUAGGAGCGGUUCAAGCUAUCUCCCGUGAGGCCUAUUUCACAGCUGUUGAAGGUACCGGCCUUGAUAAUACUGGCGGUAUGCCUCCAGAAGUUUCUGGCGCCAAGAAAAACCGUUUGUCUGGUCUUAGAGGAGAGACCAGCAGCAAAUCCCUUGAGGCCAUGGUGAAGAAUACCGGAAAAGAGUCCUUUCAAUGGGGAUUGGCUGCAGGAAUAUAUUCAGGACUCACAUAUGGGCUGAAGGAAGCUCGUGGAGCUCAUGACUGGAAAAAUAGCGCAGUUGCAGGAGCAAUAACGGGGGCGACACUUGCACUUACAUCAGAAGACUCAUCUCAUGAACAUAUUAUGCAAUGUGCUAUCACUGGAGCUGCAAUCUCCACAGCUGCAAAUCUUCUAACUGGGAUAUUCUAAAUGGGUGCCCUGUUAUUAAAUAUGGCUGUUGAGAUUCAUAACCUUUUUUUUUUUUUUUGUCGUCUGAAUUGUGACAGUUACUGGUACAUGUUUAAGAUGAACUUGCAAGGAUUUCCUUUUGAAUUUGUACUUCUCAUUAAUCACCUCCUUGUCAGAGGCUUACCACAAGGAGAGACAGACAAUUUAAUUUUAACAACUUAGUUUAUAUAAAACAUGAUGCUUUUUGGCAUUUAGGCUCACCGUCCCUUGAAACUUUGGUCUUAGGUGAGGCGCGGCUGUGGUUUCAUACCCUUCUUGUCAUUCUGUCAUUUUAUUUUGGGAGUGGAUGCUAUCAUGUCAAAAUUUCACGUGAAGAUUGUAUCUAUCUCUUUCUUCACAUA